AUGUCCAAGAGCCUGAAGAAGAGGAAGAACCACUGGACUAACAAAGUCCAUGAGAGUGUCCUUUGCAGGAAUGAGGAGGGGGAGCUGGGGCUGGAGUUGCAGGGCGGCGCUGAGAAUGGACAGUUCCCGGUUAUCGGCGAGCUUCUCCCGGGCAGAGCGGUGUGCCACAGCGGUAAACUCUUCCAGGAUGAACUCCUGCUGGAAGUCAACGAUACCCCGGUGGCUGGACUCACCACCAGGGACGUCCAUGCUGUGGUCAAACACAGCAAAGACCCCGUCCGACUCAAGUGUGUUAAACAAGGGGGCGUGAUAGACAAGGACCUGCGCCACUACCUCAACCUGCGCUUCCAGAAAGGCUCGGUCGACCACGAGCUGCAGCAGAUCAUCCGGGACAACCUCUACCUCCGCACCGUCCCCUGCACAACCAGGCAGCCCAAGGAAGGAGAGGUCCCAGGGGUGGAUUAUAAUUUUGUGACCGUUGACCGGUUUAUGGAAUUGGAGAAAAGUGGAGCCCUGCUAGAGAGCGGAACAUAUGAAGAUAACUUUUACGGCACCCCGAAGCCUCCGGCCGAGCCCAGCGCUCUGCUACUAAAUGUAACGGACCAGCUGCUCCCGGGCGCCAGACCCAGCUCUGAGGGCAAGAGGAAGCGUAACAAGUCGGUCAGCAACAUGGAGAAAGCCAGCAUCGAGCCCCCCGAGGAGGAGGAGGAGGAGAGACCCGUCGUCAACGGCAACGGCGUUGCUGUCACCCCAGAGUCGAGCGAGCAUGAGGACAAGAGCACAGACGCUUCGGGGGACAUCGCCCCGCAGAGCAACCCAGCAGAGGCUACCACUGAGGCGCACAAAGACGACGGACAGUCCCCAAAGACUACAGUACCCAAACCGGAGGAGAACGACGAGCUAGGGCCCCUGCCAGACAACUGGGAGAUGGCUUACACAGAGAAAGGAGAGGUCUACUUCAUAGACCACAACACCAAGACAACAUCGUGGCUGGACCCGAGGCUAGCCAAGAAGGCAAAGCCGCCCGAGGAAUGCAAAGAGGAUGAGCUUCCGUACGGCUGGGAGAAAAUCGAUGACCCCAUUUACGGCAGCUACUAUGUCGAUCAUAUAAAUAGAAGGACCCAGUUUGAGAACCCAGUCCUGGAGGCUAAGAGGAGACUCCAGCAGCACACUGCCCCGCACCAGGUCCUUUCAGUCUUUGCUAUAAAGCCUAUUAAGUAUUGAUGUUUCCACCUGGUUAAUUUGCGCAUCUAUGUGUCCUUUAUAGAGAAGCCGCUGUUCACGCGGGACCCCACUCAGCUGAAAGGCAGUUUCUUGUCCACGUCACUCCAAAAGAGCAACAUGGGCUUCGGCUUCACUAUUAUCGGAGGCGACGAGCCCGACGAAUUCCUCCAGGUCAAGAGCGUCAUCCCCGAUGGGCCUGCUGCAGCUGACGGAAAGAUGGCCACAGGUGAUGUCAUUGUCUACAUCAACGACGUGUGCGUCCUGGGCACCACCCACGCCGAUGUGGUUAAGCUCUUUCAGUCGGUGCCCAUCGGCCAAAGCGUGACGCUCGUCCUGUGCCGCGGCUACCCUUUGCCCUACGACCCGGAGGAAGCUGCCAACACCAACAACAACACCACCACCACCAUCAUCUCCCCGCUGGGCAUCAUGGAGCAGCGACCCAUCAUGGUGAACGGCAGGACGGGCUACGACAACUACCUGGACUAUCUCUCCCGCACGGCGCGCUUCGUCACGGACCCCGGUCAGGACCAGGUCGGUGCGCAGCAGCAGCUGCUCCCGCCUCACCCGGGCGACACCCACUUAGAUGGCUCCCUUCCUCCCACCACCGGCACCACGCCUCCUGACAGCGUUUCCAUGGCGUCGUCAGGGGCGACCCAAGGGGAGCUGCUGACACUGACCAUGGUGAAGGGAAUGGACGGUUUUGGCUUCACUAUAGCGGACAGCGCCACGGGCCAGCGCGUUAAACAGGUUCUGGAGCCUCAGGGCUGCCCGGGCCUGUGUGAGGGAGAUCUGAUCGUGGAGAUUAACAAGCAGCCGGUUCAGGGAUUCUCACACACCCAGGUGGUGGAGCUGCUCAAGGAGUGCGCUGUUGGAGCUGAGACCAGCCUGGUGGUUCAGAGAGGAGGAACAGGUCACUAUUCACCCUGGAAGACCCCUAAGCAGGUGCUGGAGCAGUGGGAGUCCCAGCAGGGCCAGAGCAGCCCUGCUCAGACCAGCCUGUCGGCCCCCGUUAUCCCCCACAGCGCCCCCUUCCCAACACACCAUCUCCACAGGGCCUCGGUCCCAGACUCAGCCUCCGAGGCCUUGGCCCUGGCUAAACCAGACCCCUAUGACCUUUAUGAGAAGUCCAGGGCUAUCUAUGAGAGUAGGCAACCGGGCCAACCAAGGACUGUUUUUCCUGUGGACUCCUCAGGAGCGGAGUACCAGGACAUCGAGGUCCACCUGCGCAGACAGAAGUCAGGGUUCGGGUUCCGGGUGCUGGGCGGGGACGAGGCCGGGCAGCCUAUCCUGAUCGGGGCGAUCAUCGAGAAGAGUCCGGCAGACCUGGACGGACGCUUGCGGCCCGGCGAUGAGCUGCUGUUCGUGGACGGGAUCCCAGUGGUGGGGAAGCCGCACAGAUACGUCAUCGACCUGAUGCACGGGGCGGCGCGUAACGGCCAGGUCAACCUGGUCAUCAGGAGGAGGGUCCCGGCAGGGGGUGAGUCCUGUCCGGAGAACGGCCGCAGCCCGGGCUCCGUCUCCACGCAGCACAGCUCCCCGCGCAGCGACUUCACAUAUGGCAACAGCACCAGCGCUACCCAGGCACCCAACACCUGCAUGGGCAACACGGCCACUUCAGACGGGACGUCGACCCCCAACGCUCAGCCCAGUGAUGUCAUCAUCAAUCGGAAGGAGAGCGAAGGCUUCGGCUUCGUCAUCAUCAGCUCGCUCAACCGGCCAGAGGCAGCCGCCACUAACACCGUGCCACAUAAAAUUGGCCGCAUCAUCGAGGGCAGCCCGGCCGACCGCUGCGGGAAGCUGAAGGUGGGAGACAGGAUAUUGGCAGUGAACAGCCAGUCCAUCGUCAACAUGCCCCACGCCGACAUCGUUAAGCUGAUCAAAGACGCGGGCCUCAGCGUCACCCUGAGGAUCAUACCGCAGGAAGAGAUCAGUAAUCCCCCCUCAGCCCCCAGCUCAGAGAAGCAGAGCCCCAUGGCCCAGCAGCACAGCCCGAAGACCCAGCCCAGCAUGGCAGCCUCCCAGCCCAACCCAGCAGUGACGGAACCCAACCCCUCCGUGAGCCAACCCAACCCCAUCCCCCACCAGAGCCCCGUGACCCAGCUGCCCGCCCCUCCGCCUCAGACCUACACCCACGAGAGCAGUUACAGGUCAGAGGUGAAGGCGAGGCAAGACGUUAAACCGGACAUCCGACAGCCGCCGUUCACAGACUACCGACAGCCGCCGGUGGACUACCGGCACCCGCCUGUGGCAGACUACCGGCAGCCGCCCACGCUGGACUACAGACACCCGCCGCUGCUCGACUACAGGCAGCUAGCUACUGACGCCAGGCAGUUCGCCAUCCCAGACUACAGGAUGCCACCAGACUUUGACUUCUUCACGGUGGAGCUGGAGAAAAGUGUGAAGGGCUUCGGUUUCAGCAUCCGCGGAGGGCGGGAGUACAAGAUGGACCUGUUUGUCCUACGACUGGCAGAGGACGGACCGGCGAUCCGCAACGGCAGGAUGAGGGUCGGGGACCAGAUCAUUGAGAUCAAUGGAGAGAGCACCCGGGACAUGACCCACGCCAGGGCGAUCGAGCUGAUCAAGUCUGGAGGCCGGCGUGUUCGUCUGCUCCUAAAGAGGGGCACGGGGCAGGUCCCAGAGUACGACAAUGCCGCCCCAUGGGAUGCUCGCCCUUCAGCCUCCCCAAGCCUGUCGGAAGUAGCCCCUCCCAUCGACAGCCUUUCCAUGUCAUCGCCUUCAUCUCAUCUGGCCCCGGCCCCCGACCCACCUCACCUGCUGCCUCUGGACGUCCCUCGAGACCUGGUGGCACGAGACAGCAGGACAGAGCGUUCGAAGAGCCCCCAGAAGGCCGAGCUGCUAAACCCAGAUCCGAUCAGCCAGGGGAGGAGAGCGGCUACAACCGGCGGGAGCGGCAGAGCAAAGAAAGAGGGUGGCAGGUCCACCCGCAAGGGGCACAGGGUGCAGCCCACUGCUGAGGGGGAAGGGGGCAAGGAGGGGCAGAGUGGGGAGCCCAAACCUUCCAGGAGCACUAGAGGGAGGUCCAAGGAGAGAAACACUGGGGACAACAGAGAAUCCGCCCACUCUCCCAGCAGCUCCAAGCUCCCACACACUAACGGAAACAGCAGGGAAGAUGUGGAGCGUUACAGCGGCGGGCGGCAGCAGCAGCAGCAGCAGGUGGAGCCGGAGCAGGGCAAGCCCAGGUCCAGGGAACUGGACCGGGGCCUGGGAGAGAGCCGGCCCAGCCUGCCCAACAAGAGCACCAGCAGCAGCAGCAUCAGCAGCAGCGCAGCGGGGAGGAAGGCCACGGUCUCUCCUGGGCCUUGGAAGAUCCCUGGAUCAGACAAGCUGCCCAGCACGCUGCGCACAGGCACGUCCACGCUGAGCAGAUAA